AUGUCAGACCUACAACUUCGUAUUAAACAGCUCGAGGAGGAAAACAGGCGGCUUGUGAACGAGCUACAGAGAGAGAAGAAGCGAAAUAUAAAGUAUGAACCUUCAAACGAUCCCGACUUCUCUUUAGAAGAAUUCAGACGCUAUGGACGUCAGAUGAUAGUACCUGAGUUCGGAUCUUUACCGGCUCAGCGAAAGCUUAAGAAUGCCAAAGUACUUGUUGUGGGUGCUGGAGGGCUAGGUUGCCCUACGCUACUAUACUUGACUGCUGCUGGUGUCGGCAAGAUAGGUAUAGUUGAUAACGAUACUGUCGAUGUCAGUAACUUACAUAGACAGGUCCUACACACUUCAGAUAAGGUGGGAAUGCUAAAAUGUGAUUCUGCUAAAGAGUACUUGGACCGACUCAAUCCUCAUGUUGAUAUUAUAACGCAUCCAAUCAGGCUAGAUAACAACAAUGCAUUCGGCAUUUUUGGUGAAUACGAUCUCAUAGUGGAUUGCACCGAUGCCCCAGCCAUCAGGUACUUGAUCAACGAUGUGGCUGUUCUAAGCGGCAAGAUGAUCGUCAGUGGCUCAGGAGUAAAGACUGAUGGUCAGUUCACUAUUUUAAAUUUCAAUAAUACUGGGCCCUGCUACCGUUGUUUUUACCCCCAGCCUCCUAAUCCGGAGUCAGUCUCCACCUGUGGUGAUGCAGGUGUCUUCGGUCCAGCCAUUGGGUUGAUAGGUAUCUCAUUAGCUACAGAGACUCUUAAGGUACUAACAGGUCAUUAUGACGAAACAUUUAAGCCCUUUCUUGCAAUGUACACGGCUUAUCCCCUGCUGGUCCUUCGACAGUUCAAGAUGCGAGGCAGACAGGCAGCUUGCAAAGUUUGUGGAACACAACCGACAAUCUCUAAACAGGUAAUCGAGUCAGGAGAAAUAAACUACGACCAUUUCUGUGGAUUCGUCAAUUCUAACGUAUUGACUCCAGCGCAACGAAUUGACGCUGAGGAAGCACAAAAAUGCAUGAAGGCGGACGACCGUGCAGUGCUUCUAGAUGUCAGACCCUUCGACCAGUAUCAGAUUGCAAAUAUCAGCGGCUCGAUUAAUAUUGAUUGGGUUCUGCGCUUAUCCAGGCUAGAGUCAGACGAAUCGAUUUUCCCGGAAACGUUCGACAAGAAGAAUGACCAGGUUUAUGUGAUUUGCCGUUAUGGAAAUGAUUCGCAACUUGCCACCAAGAAGCUCGCAGAGGAUUUUGGCGUUGCUCACUGA